AUGAAGAGGAAACACAUGAUGCUUACCUUAUUGAUAUCAGGGCCUAGACAACCAGGAAACGAUAUUGAUGUUUACCUUGAACCGUUAAUAGAUGACUUAAAGUUGUUAUGGGAAGGAGUUAGGGGAGUUUAUGAUGCGAUUAGAAAUGAAAAUUUUAUUCUCAAGGCAUUACUAUUCUGGACAAUCAAUGAUUUUCCAGCGUAUGGUAACCUUUCAGGGAGUAUAGUUAAAGGCUAUAAUGCGUGUCCGAUUUGUCUUGAGAAAACAGAACCCACGAGACUAGUUCAUGGAGGGAAGAUGGCUUACACCAUUCAUAGGCGGUUUUUAGGAAGGCAUCAUCCAUAUCGAAAGCUAAGGGCUGCUUUCAAUAACCGCCCAGAACAUGCAGUAGCUCCAGUGCCAUUAACUGGAGAAGAAGUGUUGAGCAGGUUAGACUCAGAAGUUCCAGAUUGGCCUUUUGGGAAGAAAUUUCCCCCUCCUCCUUAUAAGGGGGCUGAAGAUGAAACUAGGCCUUGCUGGAAGAAGAAAUCUAUAUUUUUUCAGCUAGAGUAUUGGAAGUUUCUCCCUGUUAGACACUGCCUUGAUGUCAUGCACAUUGAAAAAAAAGUGUGUGAUAGUCUAAUCGGGACGUUACUGAACAUUCCUGGAAAAACUAAAGAUGGACUAAAAACUCAGUUAGAUCUGGUGGAAAUGGGUAUAAGACCAGGAUUACAGCCCAAUGUAGAUUGUCCGAAAAAGAAAUGCUUGCCAUUGGCAAGCUGGAACCUAACAAUGGAUGAGAAAAGAUGCAUGUGUGGCUCUUUUCAUGGCAUGAAGGUUCCUGAAAAUUAUUCUUCAAACAUUAGUAGCCUGGUUUCAAUGGAUGAAUUAAGGUUGAGUGGACUGAAAUCGCAUGAUUGCCAUGCCUUAAUGCAACAAUUACUUCCCGUUGCAAUCCGUGGUGUGCUUGAAAAACCUGUCAGAAUUGCCAUAAUAAGGCUUUGUCUAUUUUUUAAUGAAAUCUGUAAUCCCACUAUAGAUCCUUCAAGGCUUCCACAAAUUCAAGCAGAUCUGGUUGAAACAUUGUGUGAGCUUGAAAAGUAUUUCCCUCCUUCUUUCUUUGACAUAAUGAUACAUCUUACGGUUCACUUGGUUAGAGAAGUUGAGUUAUGUGGGCUGGUUUGCUUCCGAUGGAUGCAUCCUUUUGAAAGGUAUAUGAAGGUGUGCAAGGGAUAUGUUAGAAACAAAAGGCAUCCAGAAGGCUGCAUUGCAGAAUGCUACAUUGCUGAAGAGGCAGUUGAGUUCUUAGCAGAACUUUUCUUCGACGACAAGACUGUUGGCAUCCCAACAGCCCCAACAUGGAGGACAGGCCUACAUCGGGUUGCAUCUGACCUUAUUAAUCCUGGUUUUGAGUGCCCUGAGAUUGUUAGGUGGCUAGCAGAUAAACCAUGCCAUGAAGUACCUAAGUUCAGUGGCUAUAGAGUAGGCGGAGUGCAGUAUAACACAAAACGCCGGGAUAAUCUGCUGCAAAGACAAAGUAGUGGGGUUUACUUGGUUGCUGAAACGCCUCAAGUGGCUAGUGCUAGGGACAAGAACCCUAUUACUCAUGACAUGAGCUUUUAUGGGGUUAUUACUGAAAUAUGGGAGCUAGACUACGAUCAUUUUAGGGUACCUAUAUUUAAGUGUGAUUGGGUAGAGAAUGAGAAGGGUGUUAGGGUAGAUGAGUUUGGUUUCACUUUAGUAAAUUUGAAUAGGAAGGGGCAUCAAAAUGACAGCUUUGUUUUGGGAAAAUGUGUGCAACAUAUUUUUUAUGCUCAGGACCCCAUAGAUCAUAGGUGGUUAGUUGUGUUGAAGGUCCCGAAAAAAGACUACGCAGAUUCUGUUUCGAUGGAUGAGCUCGGGGACACUGUUAUUUCCCAUCAUGCUGGUGCAAGUACUGUGCCUGCUAUUCAGUCACUUGAUCACGUGACGGAUGAGGAACCGACGGGUUACCUGCGGGCAGGGGAGGAGGAUAUAUUCGUUGAUGGAGAAUAG